GAGUAAAGAGCCAAUUCCGUCGGAAAAGGAAUUGCCAACAGGCAGCCCGAAGCUGGCUACCAAGCGAUUACUUUGCAAAUUGCUUUCACGUUGGCGCUGACGUGACACGGCCAAAUCGUGUGGUCCCCACGGUGCCGUAGGUGCAGUGCGUGGUGUUGCGCUCCCAAACUUUCCCACUCCCGCCAAACUCAGCUCUUUCAACCCCCCACAACAGGUACCUCCUACCUCUGGCACAAUGAGAUCCUGAUCCGUCUGUCCUAGGUAUUUCACGUCCAUCGUUUUUUUGUUCUGCUCUCUCUCCCGCUUCUCCUAGCUCGCGCAAAACAAGAGAAGAUCCCAAGCGCCCCUGUCCUGCUGUGACCUAGGCUCCAAGCUCAGGUCGUGCUGAGAAACGGCUCCAUCCCUGAGACCUUGCUCGGUUGCUUGGCUCGAUAGUGACCCGCCUCCGCCGUCGCUGAGCGGGUCCCCCCUCCCACUUUCGAGCCCAAAGGCUCCAAACCCUCUGCGACACAAGCAACUCCAACAUCGCAUCGCAAACGACGACGCAACCCACUCCGAGCGAAGCAUCUCGAGGUGCCCGCAGCCAUGGAGCAGUGGCAGUCAUACACCGAGCCGACCAGCGCUGGUGGUUCACGACGAUACAACGGCUCCAGCCAGAUGUCGCCCAGAGAGUACUCCAGCAAUGGACAGCCUGCGGCGCAACCUCCAGCCGGCUUCAAGUAUGACCAGUACCAAGGCGGCUUAAACCCGCAACAACAACAACAGCAGCAGCAGCAGGUGCAGCAAGCAUCUUCAUCGUCUUCGCCCAUGACCAGUCCCCAGAUUCGCGACGGCAACGGAGACGUCGCCAUGCAGGAUGCCCAUGAUGGCUACUCCGGCGUCAAUUCCAGCGUCAAGUAUCCCCUGCGCCCCCAUCAUUCCCACCACCUCUCUGGUGGACGAGCCGCGAACUUGCAGCAAGAGCCCUCGACCGCUGCGCAACGAUACUCACCCAUGGAAGUCUUGUCUCCUACAUCACCGUACAAGUCAACUGGAGGUAGCCAGUAUGCGCAGCCCCAGCAACGACAGUCGCCGACCCGGUCGUCGGACUAUGCCCCGCAGAACCCGUACUAUAACAGUAGUCGCCAAACCGCCUCCCAGCUACCUCCUUUAAACCCCUACUCCUCCAUUCCAGACAACUACUCGCCGUCGAAUAACAUCUCGGCCAUGGACGGUUCUUACAUGGAUCCCAAGUCUCCCAAGCGUGCCCCCCAACAAGCCAUGCAAUUGCACGACAAGGGCCCGGUGCCCGAGUUUAGGAAGAUCCGAGGGCCAUCUGACCUGAAGCCCAAGAUCAGCGCGCAGCCGCCGUUCCGGAGAGCCAACCCUGAGGGAGGCUUCAUCAGUCCUCUCCAAGCUCUCACGGCGCACCUUCCAGCCACGUACCAGAUUUGCAAUCCCAGUUUCAAGUACUCUUCGGCACGGAAUCCCCGUCGUGUCCUGACGAAACCGAGCAAGGGUGUGAAGAACGAUGGGUUUGAUAACGAGGAUAGUGACUAUAUCCUCUAUGUCAACGAUAUCCUGGGCUCUGAGGAAGCCGGGCACAAGAACCGUUACUUGAUUUUGGAUGUUCUUGGCCAAGGUACUUUCGGCCAGGUUGUCAAGUGCCAAAACCUCAAGACCCAAGAGGUCGUGGCUGUCAAGGUGAUCAAGAACCGGACCGCCUACUUCAACCAAAGUAUGAUGGAGGUGUCUGUGCUUGACUUGCUCAACACCAAGCUCGACAAGAACGACGAUCAUCAUCUGCUCCGGCUCAAGGAUACAUUCAUUCACAGGCAGCAUCUGUGCUUGGUCUUCGAGCUGUUGAGCGUCAAUUUGUACGAGCUCAUUAAACAGAACCAGUUCCGUGGGUUGAGCACGACGCUGGUCCGAGUCUUUGCCCAGCAGCUGCUUAACGGGCUCACGCUGCUCAACAAGGCGCGGCUGAUUCAUUGCGAUCUCAAACCCGAAAACAUCCUGCUGAAAAACCUCGAGAGCCCGAUUAUCAAGAUUAUUGACUUUGGCUCCGCCUGCGACGAGCGUCAGACUGUGUACACGUACAUCCAGUCGCGUUUCUACCGAUCACCCGAAGUUCUACUAGGCUUACCAUAUUCGUCAGCAAUUGAUAUGUGGUCGUUGGGGUGCAUCGUGGUCGAGCUGUUCCUGGGUCUACCCUUGUUCCCAGGAUCCUCCGAGUACAACCAGGUUUCGCGGAUCGUUGAGAUGCUUGGAAAUCCACCAAACUGGAUGAUCGAGGUGGGCAAACAAGCUGGUGAUUUCUUCGAGAAGAGACAGGAUGAUUUUGGCAGGCGGACAUAUCACUUGAAGAGCAUGGAGCAGUAUUCCCGGGAGCACAACACCAAGGAGCAGCCCAGCAAGAAGUAUUUCCAGGCGAACACGCUGCCUGAGAUCAUCAAGUCGUAUCCAAUGCCCCGGAAGAACAUGAAGCAGUCGGAGAUUGAUAGAGAGAUGAAUAACCGCAUCGCGUUCAUCGACUUUGUCAGGGGCCUCUUGACGAUCAACCCACUGGAGAGAUGGUCGCCACAGCAAGCGAAACUGCACCCUUUCAUCACCCAACAAAAGUAUACCGGCCAGUUUGUGCCGCCAAUGAACCUCAAGUCCAGCGCUCUGAACAGAUCGCCUGCGCCAGGCACGACGCAGCAGAUUCAGGCCGAAGCUUUGAGCAAGCAGAGGGCACAGCAAGCGCAGGCUCAGGCUCAGGCCAGCUCGGCGGCGCAGGGAGCAUACGGGUCUAUGGGUGCACCGCAGUAUCAACAACCAGUGCAUCCACAGCAACCACCUUUGUACUCCAACAACACCAUGUAUUCUCCUAGCGGGUCACAUACCGGCGCGCCACCUGCAUAUGCCAGCCAACCGAGCGGGUACGGCCAGAUGGGCGUACAACAACCGCCUGCCCAAAUGCCGCCAGCAAACUAUGCUGCCGGCGGUAUUCCACAGGCCAAUAUGUAUUCGCAGCAAAACCGUCAGCAACAACAACCCAGACCGCGUGCCUCGACCAUGGAGCAGCAACAAAGCGGUAUUCCCGCUGCCAUUCAAAGGGUGGCCAGCCACCUCGACCCAAGCCAGCCGAUUCGAUUACAGCCAAGUCCUGCCUAUUAUCCACCACCUCCUGAUGGCUUGGUGGGCAUGGACCAGGGCGGGCCAUCGACCAGGACAGGCAGAAGAGGCAGUCGCGCCCAGCAGCCAGGACGCAACUUCAUCCGCAACCUGGAGGAGCGAACACUCGAGGAAGGGUUCAUGGGGAAUAACCAGAGCCCCUGGCACUGAUUUCACCAACCAGCCAAGCCACAUGUUGGAUAGAUGGGCGCAGCCAUGGACCUAUGCUGGGCAGGGGGGCGUUGGAGUUUGCUACAUGCAGCGGAUGGUUUUGACAUGCGGCUCCUUUGGACGCAUGUCGUGGGUCUGAUCUCUCAACAGCCAAACAUUGUUUCUGGAGCGCAAUGUUGAAAGAUUGUUACAAAUUAGCCAAAGGCAGGAUGCAUGGCCGAUCGACCGGAGUUGCAAAAGCCGAUAUUGACAGCAAGCGCCGGAUAUCAUGGCGUCUUAUUCGCCCCCCUCCCUUAUUGCAUUCAGAAGACCUUGUACGCCCACAUGGACAGCGUGAGGUAUACAGAACUACACUCUGUUGUUGACUACGAAACGCUGCGGCGACCCAGCCAUCAACGAUUACAACCAGGGAGAAACAUGGGAAUGAAUUACGAGGAGCAAGCGAGGAAGGAAGCGAAGAGGGAGGGAAUGGAUAAAGCAGAAGGAAUUUCAAGCAGGGACAGCGGCAGGGAAGGAAGGGGGCGGGGGCAAGAGAAAGAAAGAGAAGCAGGCAGCAGGCAUGAAACGCACUUUGGCUUUUCUGUUUCUUUUGCUUUUUUUUACACUUUUUGUACUUCCCUGUCCUUUUAUACCAUUAUGUUCACAGUCACAGUCACACACACAGAGAGCACAGCACAUUCUACCCGCUUUGAAAUUGACUUGCUUGCGCUUUUUUUGUCUGCUGAAGAUUUGUGUUGGUGCUGGUUGUUGAUGUGAGGAGAAGGGGGGUUGUGGGUAUUGAGGUAGCUUGGGGAUGUUUUGUGGUUGGGAGGUUGCUCUUGAAAUGGUUUCUUUACUUGAGUGUGGUGGCUCUAUGAUGUCUGGGAGGUUGUGGUCGUGGGAGGGAUGGGUUUUCUUGUCUUGUGUAAUUAGCCAACGUUUUUUUUCUUCUUGCGAAAUUACUUUUUUUUGAUGAAAUGAUGUGAUGUUUUGCGUGGUGAUAAGUCUAUAGGGGUUGGGUGGAAUGUAGGAUGAAAGAUGUCGGGGGUACGUGGUGAAUUAGUGAAGGGUUGGGGGGGGAUAAAGGGGGUGAGAGUGAGGUAAGGUGGGAAGUGAGUUUAUGAGAUCGAAUCUAGAUUUAUAUGUCCGAGUUGCUUUGUUUGCUGUUGCUUUUGAUAUAUCUUUUGUGUAGGAGAGAAUGUGUGUAUAUAACUUUGAGGAUGUAGGAAAAUAUUUGC